AUGGCUCACGCCUCCCCCUCCUCAUCUUCCAAACCACAUCCACCAUCAACUUCAGCAACCUCUACCUUCCUGACUACACUCUCACGCGUACGAUCAACUCUCGAUCGCACGUCGCACAAUGAAGCUCUCCUACGAGACGAUGCAUGGCCAUCAAUACUGAAGCGUAUACAUGGCGCUCUGAAUACGGGAAAGCCGAUUACAGGCGCUGGUCCAAAUAGAGGUCUUCCCAUGGAUGUGGUGGUGCAAACGUUGAAAGCGGGUUGGCAUGUUGAUGGGACUUGGCCGAUUGGGCCAAAUGCCAGGCAAGAGUUGGAGGAGCAGAGCAAGGAGAUUGCAAUGCUGGAGAAGGGGCCAGAGGCAAAGCAAGAUCCUAGCCCGGAGGACGUGGCAGAAGCAUAUCGGGUUAGAGGGGUUGAUGUUGCGGAACCUCUGCAGGUUGAUGACGAUUGGUGA